UGCCGAGCUAGACGCCCGCCGGCUGGCCGAUUUACAACGAGUAACCGCUGAUCUCGAAUUGAAAGCGGAGAUCGCCGCCAUCGAGGCUGACGCUAGUCAUCACAGCUCUAGGAGCAGCCAAAAGGUAGAGCAAUGGCUGAGUAAAUCAGCUGCCAUCCAUCGCGAAGAAAUAUUAAAUAAUGAUUUUUUCAGGAAUGUGGAACCUAAAACCCCUCGCGCACAUAUCGCGUCCCCUGCGCGGACCGCGACUGUGCGCCGCGACUGUGGUGUCGCGCUAGAAGCGGCAACUCUCGAGCGCUGCGACCAUGAGGUCGCGAUGCCAGCGGCCCUCUCCGAGCGCCGCUACUGUGGCGGUGCCGCAACGCCAGCGGCCCCUCCUGAGCACCGCGACUACGGUGCCGCGAUGACAGCGGCUCCCUUCCAGCGACCAGAGAGCGAAGUUCCGCAGUUGGUUCAAAGUUUAGGCGUUUUAGUCGAAAGUGUUAAUAAAGGCAUCAGCCACGCAAUUAACCGUGUUCCCUUACCGCGCUUUGAUGGAAAAAAUCAUAUAGAUUAUCUUAGCCUGAAGAAAGCCUUCGAAAAUACCCAAGGCUCUUACACAGCUGCGAAUAACCUCGCACGAUUGAACACGGCGCUGACGGGCGCCGCGCGCGAGGCAGUCGCCGCGCUGCUAGUGUCGGCGCGCGACCCUAACGUCGUGCUGCGCGCGCUCGACGCGCGCUUCGGGCGCCCAGAGAUCGUGGUGGCGCACGAGGUGGCUGCGGUGCGCGCCUUGCCGCGCGUGGGUGCAGAAGGUAAGGAUCUAGCUGUGUUUGCCAGUAAAGUUCGCAACUGUGUCGAAAUUAUACGUUUGUUACAUCACACAGAAUAUUUAGCCUCGCCUGAAUUAUUUCAAGCUUUGAUUUCAAAAAUAUCACCACUGUUGCGAGCUAAAUGGCUAGAUUACGCCGUUCGGUAUGAGGCUACAGGUUUGUCAAAGCUAGAAAAUCUCGCUGAUUUUCUAGCCAACGAAGUCGACCUGCAGUCUCGCUUCGGCUUACUCCCUGCUGAGCCGACUACUGCGCCACAAACUGUGGAUAGUAGGCGGGCCAGAGAUAAUGUGCACGUUGCCGCUGAAAAUCAAUCUGUAAAUUCAAAUUCAACAUCGCGGAAUAACGCUAAAUUGAAUUCAUCGGCGACUGCAACUAAAAUAAAAUCAUGCGUCGUAUGUGAAAAACCGCAUGAUUUAAUUCAAUGUGACGACUUCAAAUCAAUGUCAAUCGAUGACAGAUGGACUUUGAUUAAAAAGAAAAAAGUCUGCCAUCGAUGUCUCAAAGUAGGUUGGCAUAGGUUUAAUUUUUGUAAGGCGAAGAAGUCUUGUGACAUUGACGGAUGCACGUUCCGUCACCACGAGUUAUUGCACAAUCCGAAUUACGAGCGUUCUGCAGCCGCGCAUAUUGAAGUGGAAGAUGAGGAGCCGGCAGCGGGAACUUCUAGCGCCGUACCGCGAGCCCCUGCCGCCCACGCCGCAGCAUCUCCUGUCACUAGCGAGUCUACAUCAUACGAUGUCGACUCAAAGGAGAUCCUGACUCAUGCAUCGACUUCAGUUGCCGCGGGGUCUUCAGCUCAGACGGUGCCUCCUCGUCCGUUAUUGAAGAUCGUAGCCGUAACAGUGUCCGGUCCGUUAGGUUCCGUGAAUACGUACGCUAUGUUAGACGACGGGGCUACGGGUUCGUUCAUAGAACAAGAUAUCGCCGCGAAAAUAGGUGCCAUUGGGCCUCAGAGGCACAUGAGGCUAGACUGUGUAGGCGGGUUAGGUAAGGAUACGUCUGUGCAAUAUGUCGACUUCGAAAUUAAAGGCCGCCAUGCCGUCCAACCAAUGGCAACAGUUUGCCACCCCCACCCCGCGCUCUGUGCGCGACUCUGUCACGGCACUGACCGCCGCAGACCUACGUCUUGCAGAGGUUCACAUUCUACGCCAGUCGCAGUUGAACACAUUUCCUGAGGAGAUGGCCAGCCUAGAUAGCCAUCCUGCCCAGCUCUUGCCACGCACCAGCCGUUUAUCGAAGCUUUCGGUGACAAUGGGAGACGACGGACUUAUGCGUUUGUCCGGCCGUAUAGGAGCAGCGUCGUGCGUCCGUGACGAAAUGAAAAACCCCAUUGUGCUAGAUGGCAAAGAUCCAGCUGUGCGCCUGCUUGUCGAGCAUCAUCAUCGCAAGGCUGCCCACGGGAACACAGAGACCGUAGUUAACGAGAUGCGACAAGAUUAUCACCUUCUGUCAUUGAGAAGUACCGUCCGCAACAUUGCCUACAACUGUUUAUUUUGCCGAAUACGCCGGGCUAAGCAGUUUCAACCCGUGACGGGAGAUCUUCCAGAAGCUCGCCUUGGGCAUCACAAACGGCCAUUCACAUUUACAGGGCUGGAUUACUUCGGCCCAGUACAAGUCUCCGUUGGUCGAAGGCGUGAAAAAAGAUACGUCGCCCUUUACACCUGCCUCGUAGUUCGUGCGGUCCACCUGGAAGUGGUGGACAGUUUGUCAACUGACUCUGCUAUUAUGAGCCUCCGCCGAUUCAUCGCUCGAAGAGGUACCCCAUCAGAGCUGUGGUCAGAUAAUGGGACUGCAUUCGUCGGCGCUAGCCGUGAACUUCGACGUUUAUAUGACGAUGCUACGCCACAGUUCGCUGCUACGCAGAAGAUCAACUGGAGAUUCAUCCCGCCGUCGGCACCUUUCAUGGGUGGAAGCUGGGAAAGGCUGGUGAAGAGCGUGAAGGCAGCACUCAAGGUUACCCUGACCGAACGAGCUCCAACGGAUGAGGUGCUGAGAACCCUGCUGGCUGAGGCGGAGGCCCUGGUAAAUUCUCGGCCGCUCACUCACGUUUCCGUGGACCCUCAAAGCGAAGAGUCCCUGACGCCCAUGCACUUCCUGCUGGGUUCGUCAUCGGGACGUCCAAUACCAACGACAUCAACUGAAACGGAUUUACUGUCGCGAUCUAGCUGGCGUAAGGCCGUCAGAUUAUCGGAGUAUUUUUGGCGCCGUUGGCUAAAGGAAUACCUUCCGACCUUAACACCCAGACGUGGUCGAGGUGAAGUUCCACAGAUAGCAGUUGGUGACCUGGUGCUCAUUGCGGACGGCAAUACUCCCAGAGGUUCCUGGCCCCGUGGGCGCGUAACAGCAGUCUUCCCUGGUCCUGACGGGGUCAUUAGAGUUGCGGAUGUGCACACUACGGGAGGCACUUUGCGGCGGCCCCUGCGGAAGCUGGUGAAGCUCCCUCUUUAAUAAAAAAAGGGGGAAAUGUCGACGACGCACCUUUUUGGAAGGAUUUACUUUUUUAUAUAUUUG